CGUAAAUCUCGAGAUUGAUUUUUUUUUUUCUUCCUACCCACUUAAAUCCCUCGUGUGUUUUUUUUGUUUCAUGCUCCCACAUGCGUCUCUGAUCUGGAUUUAGAUCACAAGAAUCUCUCUUUCAACUUCUCUCCUAUGACAAAACAACAACACACAAGAAAAGAAGAACAUUAAAGUGAAUGCUGCAAAACAAAGCUUGAGAAGAUUGAGUAAGACGUCAUUCAUUAUCUUUCUUGCAGAGAAAGUUAGAAGUUGAAAAAACACAAAGGUGAGAACUUUCUUAGAUCUUUCGAUUUCUUGAUUUAGACCCACUUUUCGAAUUUUUUCAUUCCCUUGAUUUUAACUUCCCAAAAUCCUAAUUAGGGUUUAACUCUGUUUCUCCAGUGGUUUGACUUGUACUCAAAUCGAAAUUUAUUUAGGUUGAGAUUUUGAUCCAUUUACUUGAUCUGAAGAUUCUGAUUUUGGAUCUCAAAUGGAGAACGUUGAUGUUUCCAAGUACAGACACAGCUCUGUGCACAGAGCUGUCGCUUCUAAAGACUAUGCUGGUCUCAAGGCAAUUCUGUUUUCUCUUCCAAAGCCUAAAGAUCCUUGUGAGAUUCAAACAGAAGCAGCUUCAUUAGCCGAGGAAGCAAAAUCCGAUGACAUUUCGGCUGUGAUUGAUCGAAGAGACGUCCCAAGCCGCGACACGCCACUACAUUUAGCUGUGAAGCUCUGUGAUUCAACAUCAGUAGAAAUGCUGAUGGUUGCUGGAGCUGAUUGGACUUUGCAGAACGAGGACGGUUGGAACGCGUUGCAAGAAGCUGUUUGCAGUAGACAAGAGGCGAUAGCGAUGAUUAUAGUCCGGCAUUAUCAGCCUCUUGCUUGGGCUAAAUGGUGUAGGAGACUACCUCGUUUGAUAGCUACAAUGAGUAAGAUGAAAGAUUUUUACUUGGAGAUGAGUUUUCAUUUUGAGAGCUCUGUUGUGCCUUUUGUAUCUAAGGUUGCGCCGUCUGAUACUUACAAGGUUUGGAAAGUGGGAUCGAAUUUGAGAGCGGAUAUGACUAUGGCUGGUUUUGAUGGUUUCAAGAUUCAACGGUCUGAUCAGAGUAUUUUGUUUCUUGGUGAUGGGUCAGAGGAUGGUGAAGUUGCUCGUGGAUCGCUUUAUAUGGUGAAUCAUAAGGAUAAAGAAGUGGUGAAUGCUUUGGAUGGUGCUUGUGGAGUUCCAUCAGAAGAAGAAGUUAGGAAAGAAGUGGCUGCAAUGUGUAAGAGCAAUAUCUUUAGACCCGGGAUUGAUGUGACACAAGCGGUUCUAUCUCCGCAGACUAAUUGGAGGAGACAGGAGAAGAGUGAGAUGGUUGGUCCUUGGAAAGCUAAAGUCUAUGAGAUGAACAAUGUUGUUGUUAGUAUUAAGUCUAGAAAGGUUCCUGGUUCAUCGGCUGUAGAAGGAGGCGAUGAUGAUCUCUGCGAUGUUCUAACAGAUGAAGAGCAAAAGCAACUAGAGGCUGCUCUUAAGCUGGAUUUACCAGACUUCCCAAAUGUCAAUGGUGAGAAUGGUUUCAUUGAUGAUGAUCAUCAUCAGCAAGAUCAUAUAGAGGUCGUAGAUUUUAGUCAAGCCAACAAGAAAUCGGAAAAGAAAGGGUGGUUAGGAGGUUGGAGAUCAAAGAAAGAGACUAAACAAGAGAAGCAAAUUCAAUACGCGCCUCCGAGAAGCUCUCUUUGUGUGAAUGAGAAAGUAAGUAAUCUAUUGGGAGAGUCUAAUCAGAUAAAACCAGGAAGACACUCAGUAGAUAAUGAGCAUUAUAGGAAACCAAAAGCAUUGGUAUCUGAUAAGACUCGCCACGAAAGCGAAUACAAGAAAGGGUUACGUCCUGUUCUUUGGUUAUCUCCAAACUUCCCAUUACAAACAGAAGAGCUUCUUCCUUUACUUGACAUACUUGCAAACAAAGUUAAGGCGAUUCGUCGUCUCAGAGAACUUCUCACCACAAAACUUCCUUCUGGAACAUUUCCGGUCAAGGUUGCUAUUCCAGUGGUACCUACAAUAAAAGUGCUUGUUACAUUCACAAAGUUUGAAGAAAUUGAGCCUUUGGAUGAGUUUAAGACGCCUCUGUCGAGCCCGACUACUUCUGGCUAUGAGAGUCCAGCUGCUGCAACAACUGAGUUCAGCAACUCAUCGUCCUCGUGGUUUCGUCGGUCUAGAUCAAACAAAGAUGGUGCGAGUAGUAAGUCCAAAACAUUACAAGACCCAUUUGCUAUCCCCACUGGUUAUACGUGGGUCACUCUUGAAUCAAAGAAAAGGAAACAAGAGAAACAGAAACCCAAAAAGGGUGGUAAAAAAGCAGAACAAGAUAGCUAAUCACUUCCAACUCUUGAGAACAUAAUACUAAUCUACGCAGGUCUUCUUCAUGAGAUUGGUCGUGAUUCGUGAAAAGACAUUGAAGAAAGGGUUGUGCUUUUUGUAUUGAAGUGAUUUACUACAAUUUUCAAAGAGAAAGGCAUAGAAAUUCUGAUUCUUUGGCAUCAUUCUUUUGUAACAUACAUAGCUCAGACAUUUGCAAAUGAUUCUGUUUUUCCUUUUUACUUUUAAGUGUGAUGUAAAAACAUUUGUUCUGCUUCUUUUGUAUCUGUUUUCUUCUUCUUCUUCUUCUUGGAAUAUGCAACACCUGAUGAU